UAGUUGUUCGAAUCACCUUCUCACCAUCCCACCAUGUGAAUUGAGGUUUCUCCUCUGUUGCGGAAUCUUCGGAAAAUCAAAGUCGCGAUGGACCUUUCCCCCCGCUGAGAGCGCGAUUGUUAUUUUAAAGUAUUCGUAGUUUUGAAAACUAUUUACUGAAAACUUUUAUCCACUCUUUAUCUAGUUUUGUUUCGCUUUUCGCUAGCACGCGAUUGGGUUUUGCCCUGAAACUGAUUGAGACUAUGAAGGUUUAUUUUGUUGUGAGGGUUUUGCGAUUGAUAUUUUUGGUUGGUGUUGUGACACUUUCGAUGAGAUAUGGGAUUGUUGGUGCAGAUACUUCGACCGAAGAGCCUCUGGCGAUUGUAGGGGAACAUUUGAGAAGCCAAAACAAGCCCCGAACACGGAUUGUAAACACAAAGUAUGGUGAAUUGCGUGGAUUCAUUACAACUUUACCUAAUCGACAAUUACAAACAGUAGAAGUAUUUUUGGGUGUACCGUACGCAAGUCCUCCAAUAUCUGCUCUUCGUUUUAUGCCACCGGUAACGCCAGCCCAUUGGAAGGGCGUACGAACCACUGACAGGUUUAGUCCGGUUUGUCCUCAAAGGCCACCUGACAUAAGUAAUGAAACGGAAGCUCUAAAGAGAAUGCCUCCUGGUAGAUUGGAAUACCUGAAGAAGUUGUUGCCUUACCUGCGAAAUCAAAGCGAGGACUGUUUAUAUUUGAAUAUAUAUGCCCCAUCAAGAAGGUUGUCUUAAGGACUACUUACAUCUCCUAUAUAGAAGCCACGAGAGAUGACUUCCUGUAUUGGAAGAUAUUUCUCAGAAGAAGUAAGAUUUUGAAUGGCAUUUUUAUAGAUGCGCUCUCUAUCGAAAAACAGCACGAAAGAGAACAAGCGCAGUAGAGAAGAUAAAAGACGUUUUGGACAAAAAUUUUAGUGCCAGUGGUUCGUAUAUUACGUUAUGUUUUGUGUGAGAUGUCUCCUUUUUCAUUCAAGAAAACGUAUUUUGAAAGGAAACGUUUUGCUAAACAAAGGAUAUGUCGAAUCAAAGAAGGACAAUUGGCUGUAUGAAAUCUUGCAAAAUUACAGCUAUAACUUAAUAGAUGUUAUCUUCAUAUCCUUCGCUAUUAAUCUAAGAAUAUGAACGAUUUGAGAAAAAAAUCUCAGCAAGAUUUGAAAGGAUUUAACUUUAUGAAGUAAGUUAAAAUUACUUCUAACUUCUAACAUUAUAUUGUUGAGAGCUCUACUACGAAUUGUAUUUCAA